ACGUCUCCUUCCUCUUCCUUCUCGCACCAACGAGGCCACCCCUCAGUGUCUCAGUCUCGUCACUCUCUCAUCUCUCUCACUGUCGCUCUCGCACUCAACAUCUCUCGUCUCCGGUCUCUCUCACUGCCUCCAAUCUCGCACUCAAGCUCGUCGCUGUCGUCUUCUUGCUUCGAGCCUCGCCUCAGCAGCUGGUCCCCGAUUUGCGUGAUAAAUAAUGAGGAAGCUAAGGUUUCAUGAGAAGAAGCUACUGAAGAAGGUUAACUUCUUGGAAUGGAAGAGAGAAGGUGGUCGCAGAGAGAACCAAGUUAUGCAGCGUUACCAUCUUACUGGACGCGAUGAUUACAAAAAAUAUUCGAGCAUAUGCGGCAUGAUUCAGAAGUUGGUAAAUAUAUUGAAGCAAAUGGACCCCAAGGACCCUUUCCGUGUCGACAUGACUGAUAAGCUCUUGGAAAAGCUUUACAACUGUGGUGUGAUUCCAACCAGGCAAAGCAUCACAUUAUGUGAACGUAUAACUGUGUCAUCCUUCUGCAGACGCAGGCUUGCAACUGUUUUGGUGCGACUAAAAUUCGCAGAAUAUCUGAAAGAAGCUGUGACAUACAUUGAGCAGGGGCAUAUACGAGUUGGUCCGGAGACAGUUACGGAUCCAGCUUUCCAUGUGACUAGAAAUAUGGAAGACUUCAUUACAUGGGUGGAUUCGUCGAAGAUCAAGAGAAAGGUGCUGCAGUACAACGAUAAGUUGGAUGACUAUGAUUUAAUGAAUUAAGUAUAUAGUUUUGAUAGAGUCAAAUACACAAUGGGUUUUUGUUCUUGAUUCUAGUUUGAGCAGGCAUUCUUUUCCCUUUAAUGUCUUAAAUGCUAUAUAGAAACCCAGAGAAAUCUUGACCAUCAUACUAGGAAUUUAGUAAAUGAUUGUGACAUUAGUAUACUGCUAUAUUUCGAAUAUGUAUUUUCAUUUUCUGCAAUCAGUAGAUGGUUAUCUUUCAUAAUA